UUCUCUCAGCGUUGCUCUUCUACAGCUUGUGACUUGCUCCUCCCCGGCUCGCCUCCUCGCCCUUGCCCGCUGACGCGCCACGCCGUUGUCUCAGCUCGAACCCUCGUCGUUGCCUCGAGUUUCCAUCCGCGUCGAGGGAAGGGCGAUUUAGUUGUAAACUUCCAGUCAAUUCGUUCCCAUAUACAGAACGACUUACUAAGCGGCUUAGCAUUGCAUCAGCAGCAGCAGGGCUCGCAAUCAGUUUCCGUCGAGCCGCAGCAGAAGCAGCAGCAGUAGCAACAGUAGCAGCAGCAGCGGCGGCGGCAACGGUGGAAGAAAAUGUCGAGCUCUAAUAAUCCCCCAGACAAUGCGGUCCACGCUAGCACUACUAGUACCAGUCCUACUCCUACUACAACUACAGUUACUAGCUCUAAUCCGUUCGACCGCUUUCCAGACGACCUUCUCGUGCUGAUGUUCCGCCACGUCAUGCAACCACCCCCCGCCGCGGCGCCAGCAACAGCAGCAGCAGCAUCACCACUGGCGGCAGCAUCAUCCGACUCCCCCCCCGUCUCCUCCCCCCCCGCCUCCCCGUUCGCCCACGCGCUUGUUUCCCGCCGCUGGCGCGAUCUCGCGUACCUCGCCGUGCCGUCCCUCCGCCUCACGCGUCGCCGCGCGAUCCGCGCAUCGCAGAUCCUCCGCACUCUCUCCCGCAUGCCCAAUCUCUCCGCGCUUCACAUCGCCGUCUACCCCCCGGAUUCCCUCUCUGACGCGUUUCUCGGGGAGAUGGCUAGUGCUUGUCCCAGCCUCGCGAAACUUUGCCUGCUGCCCACGCAGGCGGACUCGUACACGGAUCAAGGCCUCCAUAUGCUCUUUUCCCGCUGUACGCGUUUGAAGCGGCUGUCUCUCUGCUGUACGCAAUCCAUCACCGCGUUUCCAGGAAGCAUAUCGAAUCUGACUGGGCUGGUCGAACUUAGCAUUGCUUCGGGCAGCCUGCUGCAGUUACCUGAAGAAAUCGGCGCGCUUCACGCUCUAGAAACUCUCCUUUUGGAAUUAGAUAGUCUCACGUCGCUGCCCGGAAGUCUGGGCAGCCUCAGCAAUCUUCAGGACCUGCAGCUGGUGGAGUGUACCUCCUUAUCCUCACUGCCCAAUACACUCGGGCAGUUGGUGAAAUUAUCCUAUUUCUGUGCCAUGGGCUGUGAGGGGCUCCUUUCCCUGCCCGAGUCAUUCUGCCAUUGCUCUUCCUUAGACACCCUCGACCUCGCCCUGCCAAACCUUUCCGGGCUACCCGAUAACCUUGGGCAGAUGCGCAGCCUCCGCUCUGUAACCCUCUGCUCCUGCCAUGCUCUUGACACCCUGCCCGCGUCCUUUACACAGCUAUCCUCCCUGCAGCAUCUGGACAUAAGCGAAUGCUUCCUGCAGCUACCGGACGACUUGGGGAAUCUGACCAAUCUGCGGAGGCUCAUGCUGGCUGACUGCAGCGAGCUCACUCACCUUCCCUCCACUCUGCCGCAGCUCUCGCUCCUCCAGUGCCUUCGAAUCACGGGCUGCAGCCAGCUUCUUUCCCUGCCCGAGAAUAUCGGGCAGUUGUCGGCUCUUGACGCGCUGUAUUUGUGCAACUUGAGUGAUCUCCAGUGCCUUCCGGAGUCUCUUGGGCAGCUACAAAACCUUCAGUUACUGAGGCUGCAUGGUAAUGACUCCCUUCAAACCCUCCCUCAGUCCUUCUCACAGCUUCCUACUCUGAAUACCCUUGAGAUCAGCAGCUGCAAACUUCUCUCCUCUCUGCCCGAAGACAUCAGCUGCCUGCAGAACCUUCAGCAGCUGAGUGUCAGCUACUGCCCGACAAUCUUGCAGCUGCCCGACAGCCUCGCUCUCUGCCCAUCUCUCCAGCGCCUCUUCAUCCGCUGCUGCUCCGGUCUCACGUGUUUGCCUGAGGAGAUCGGCUCUCUCCUUCGGCUCCUGGAGCUCGAGGUGGAUAGCUGCCGGGGCAUUCGCAGUCUGCCGCUCUCCCUUGCUCUGCUCUCCCAGCCAAGGGAUGUGAAUUUAGAGAGGGUCGUUGUUAAGGGGUGCUGCAGGAAGUCGGAUGUGGAUCCGGUGAUUCAACACUUCGUGGAUGAAGAGGGUGUGGAGGAAGAGAGAGGGGAGGAGUGGGAGGGGGAGGGGGUGGAGGAGGACGAUGAUGAUGAUAGCGAUGAGUUGGAUGGGGAUGAGGGAGUUGAGGAAGAGUCGGAGCGACGAGAGGGACGCGGGUGAGGCAGAUUGAUGUGAUGACGUAUAGAAUACUAGAAUAAAAUAUCAAGAAGAGAGAACACGGUAUAGGUUUGGGGUUGUACUCUCUAGGAACACACACCUAUUCUAGCCUACAACUUCUACAUGCAAAUGUAUGUAAAGUUGACACACCCCCUAGGCUAGAUACGAGGUAGUGCUGAGCGAGAAGCACACAGCUCAGGGCGGCACUACUACCGUAAUCCCCCGGAUAAAACACCCGCCGAAAUUAAGCACCCCCUGGUGU